CUAGCUAGUAAAGAAAAGUCUGAUAUCUUUGCAAUUCCUGACUGGUAAUUUAUAAACUAACUAUUCCUUAUUUUUGUUGGUUAUGGGUACUUCUAUGCAGGUUAUUAAUCAAGAAGCUGAUAUGCAUCGUGAUGACAUAUUAGACCAGCUUCCUCCUGGUUUUAGGUUUCAUCCAACUGAUGAAGAAAUUAUCACUUGCUACCUUAGAGAGAAAGUUAUGAACAAGAGAUUUACAGCUAUUGCUGUUGCAGAAGUUGAUUUGAAUAAGUCCGAACCUUGGGAUUUACCUGCUAAGGCAAAAAUGGGAGAAAAAGAAUGGUAUUUCUUUUGGCAAAGAGAUAGGAAGUAUCCAACAGGAAUGAGAACAAAUCGUGCAACAGAAUCAGGUUAUUGGAAAGCUACUGGGAAAGAUAAGGAAAUUUACAAGGUCAAAGGUUGUCUUGUUGGAAUGAAAAAAACUCUUGUCUUCUACAAAGGAAGAGCUCCUAAAGGAGAGAAGACCAAUUGGGUCAUGCAUGAAUAUAGACUCCAUAGAAAACUUUCUUUUCACAAGCCAGCUAUGGACGAAUGGGUUAUUUGUAAAGUUUUCCACAAGAACAUAGGAAUACGAAGAGGUUCACUAUUUAUGCAAGAUCUCUUAGAUAGUCCCUCUUCACUGCCUUGUUUAAUAGAAAUCCCAAAAAGUAGUGAUGUUCGAGAUGAACUCAACAUAAAAGCCGCUACUACUACAUCGACAUUCGAUGAAAUUCACUCUUCAGCCUACUUUUCCACUGGCAUCUUCAACAAUUACGCCUACGAGCAGCCGCUAUUACGAGAGGAUGAGAAGAGCUACGGAUUAUUUGUACCCACACAUUAUAUCUUCACUGGCAUUCAUGAUUAUGAGCACAACAACCAGCUUGCCAGUUCCAGUAACUCAUCGUUCAACCAUGAUCAAUCACGUCCUUCGAAUUCAAAAAUUUCUGAUUAUUCCAAGAAUGGUACUGCAUUAGAAAGGCAGCAGCUCUCUUCGAACAAUAUGAUUAGUCUUUCACAGGAUACUAACGAGAUUUCUUCAGUGAUUCCAAAGCAAGGAUUUGAUAGCAAUAUAGCUGCAGAUCUUGAUUCCAUAUGGAAUUAUUAGCUUGAUUUUAAUCUGUUAGAGGAAAUAAUUAGGACAUUAUAUUGUACAGCUUACUCAUUUGUCUUUAACUCUUUAGGUAAUUCUUUUCACUGAGAUAGAAUAUAUACUAAUUUGAAGGGGUUGAUGAUUACUACUACCUUUUAUGUAAUGUUAACAUUCUUUUC